AUGUAUGCGACUCGUACCGUGUACACAUUUCACUCUUCUGUAAUGCUGCUAUCCGUAGUACCGUCAUACAGAUAUGUCGAGCAGUCCCUACGAGACGCGCUGUACAAGGCCAAUACGGAGCUCAACAGAGCCGUGGGGGAUCGGGACCGCGCCAAGACGGAGUGCGAGAGGCUCAAGAAGCGCAACGAUGACCUGACCGCCAAGCUCCAGACGGCCGUCGAGUCCAGGGACGACUACCGCGACAAGUACCAGCAGUCUCGGGAGAACUACGCCGCCCUCAACGAGAACUGGGUGAGGCGCUACGUCGAGCUGGAGACGAAGUACGGCGACGUGGUGGACGCCUACAACGGCAUCACCUCCUCGCCCCCGACAUCCUCCGCCUCCGUGAACAACGAGAGCGUAGGCAGCCUCGGUGGCGGCCCCCCCCCUCCCCUCCAGGCGGCAGCACCGGCAGCUCCCGUCACCCCCGCGCCUUCCAAGAAGAAGUCCGCCAAGGACGGCCACGCCAAGGACGACCGCGGCCGUGCCAGGGAGCGGGAGCGGGAGCGGGAGAGGGCCGUGUCCAGGACCCGUCGGGAGGACGAGGCCGAGAGGCAGCGUCUGUCCAGGCGGUUCGAGGAGAAGAAGGCCUCGGCUACCCUGACCCCGUCCUCCUCGUCCUCCUCCGGCAAGAAGAAGCGUCCCCCGCUGGCCCCCUCGGGAAGCACCGCGGCCAACAGCACGGGCAGCCAUCGGGUGUCGGUCAACAACGGCGGCGGCAGCAGCAGCAGCAGCAGCAGCAACGCCAACGCCAACGCCAACAUCAGCGGCAGCAGCAACAGCAGCAGCCACCGCUCCGUCUCGGCCAAGCCCCUAGGUCGGUCCUACUCGUUCGGAGCGGCCGGACACGUCGUCACCCCGGCCGUCGGACCGGGCGUCAUCUCCGCCGCCGCGGGCGCGAACAAGAGGCUGUCCCAGCAGUACUACCACAUGCCUAGGACAGCCAACCCCUUCGGUCCCGGCGCAACCGCCACCGCCGCCGCCGCCGCCGUCGCCACCCCGCCGUACCUGAUGGGCAGCGAGGGUGGUGUCGGUACCAUCCACAGCGAUGGCGCGCCAUAG